GAAAGAAGGAGCAGAGCGAGACUGGUUGGGGGUUAAAGAAAAACGACAGGAAACCGACGGAUCCUAACGCAGUUUCUGCAGAGCUUUCAGAGAUAAUGCCACAUUCUAGAGAACCUACAGUCACACCGUGUCUUUUUUGUGUUUGGUCUUCUGUUGAAGUGACAACACUCUAAAGGACUUCAAGUUUAAAAAGUGACGUCACUUCUCCUCUCCUCUUCCAGUGUGUGGUCAGACAGAAUGUGAGCGGAUGCAGAUUUUUUGGGAGCUGUUUGCUGGGAUUUCUAUGUGGCCGCUUUUUGAUCUACUAACUCAACUUUCUAGAGGUCAUAUGGAUCAUUCGGUGUGCUCUCAAGGAACUUUUUGCUUUAAUCAUCUGGACUAGUAACUGGAUCCACAUGAAGAAUAAAGGGACAAAGCAGAAGACCAAGAAGAAAGGAAGUGAAAAUGCGUUCGGCUGUGACCUGAUAGAACAUCUCCAGAAUUCAGGACAAGAUGUUCCUCAGGUCCUCAAGAAAUGUGCAGAGUUUAUUGAGAAGCAUGGGAUUGUGGACGGGAUCUACAGACUGUCGGGGGUUACCUCAAAUAUCCAGCGUCUCAGGCAGGAAUUUUGUUCUGAGGCGUGCCCUGACCUUACAAAGGAAGUGUACCUCCAGGACAUCCACUGUGUGGGUUCCUUAUGUAAGCUGUACUUCAGGGAGCUACCCAAUCCUCUGCUCACAUAUGAGCUUUACAGCAAAUUCACCGAAGUGGUCUCAGUCCAGGACGAUCAUGAGAGACUUUUACACAUUCAGAAGGUCAUCAAAGAACUGCCGACUGCUCACUUCAGGACUCUGGAGUACCUUGCAAAGCACUUGUCCCACCUCGCUACCCUGAGCACCCAAACAAACAUGCAUACACGUAACCUGGCUUUGGUGUGGGCUCCAAAUCUGCUGAGAUCUAAAGACAUUGAGGCUUCAUCUGGUAAUGGAGACAUGGCUUUCCAGGAGGUGCGGAUACAACAGUCGGUGGUUGAGUUUAUUUUAAACCACGCAGAUCAGAUCUUCAGCAGUGAACAAAUUAAAGUCAAAGAAGGACCGGUUUCGAAGUGUGGGGAAAAGUACGCCACGCUCCCCAUCAGUGGCCAGUGUGGACCAAUGAAGUUGAUGAGUUUGGAAGAAGCUCAGGCUCGCUCCUUAAGUCCAGACCACCCUCUCCAUAAAGAACGCCAGCGAGAGAACAGUUUGCCUGAUACAAGCACGGCCACGCUCUAUCACACCGUCAUAGACAUAUCAGACAACAAGAGAAAGUUUUCUGGGAAAUCGAAGAAGUGGAAGUCUAUCUUUAACAUCGGAAGGUCUUUGGACCCAAAGGGAAAACUUAGCCGGAAUGGCAGUGUGCUCAUAAGAGCACAGGGAAUGACAGAAAAAGCUGCUCUCCGUCCAUCCAGGAGCAUGGAGUCCUUGUACACAGAUGAUGACAGAACAGGAAGCAAUAGUCCAGCUGGUGGACCAGGCAGUAUUUUCAUUCCGGAUGUAAAAUCCAGAACGCUGGGAUCCGACUCGCUCUGUGACAUCAGCGAACAUGAUCAAAACUGGGAGUUUAAAGGGAAGAACACUGGGGGGGCAACGGGUGGCUGGAAUGUCAGCGAGAACCAGAAGGGGUCUGAGGCCCCUCAGAAAAACCUGCCAGAGCAGCUCAAGGUGUUUAAAGGUGACGACCUCGGUGGCUACAAGCCCACCUCCCCAAAAAACAGGAGGAUGUUGUACUCGGCUUCCUCGCACAACAGCUCCUCCCGACCCUCCUUUCCAGGAAGUUUCUUCCCACUGGAGUCUUCGCCGAGGCAUCAGCGCAGAGCCGUCAACAUAUCUGAGCCUUUUGCUGUGUCUGUACCUCUGCGUGUGUCAGCAGUUAUCAGCUCUAACAGCACGCCAUGCAGAGGGCACGGCAAAGAAAAGGCAGCUACUCUGAAACCCUGCAAAGAGACUUCAGAGCAGAGCGGCAACAGUGGAAAGAGCAACACUUUCCCUCAACUGGAACGGAAGAGGCAGGAAAGAGCAGAGAAGAAUAACGUAGAGGAGGUGACGUCCAGGGUAUCGUCACAAGAUAUAAGGAAAGAAAUGGUCCAAGACGGUCAAGGAGAGAGUAUUUCUCAACUGGAAUUGCAGUCCCUUGCAAAUGCAAGAGAAGGCAAAGAUGCAGCGCCAUCUUCUGGGAAAGAACUCCACAACCUGCCCACAGAGAAGCAACUGGAUAAGAGAUCUUCUACUGGCAAAGACCUGUGGUCUGACCUAAACCAGGAACUGAAAAUAACUGAACCCGAAUUUGACCUGCUGGAUGAGAAUGUUAAACAAGUUAACGUCUCAACAAGCAUUUGUGUGAACACUAAGUUAACAAUGGAUGUUAAGGCGAAGCGCAGCCGCAGCUCUCCAUCUCUGUCUUUGCUAUGUAGAGAGCAGUCUUCAAAUACCUCUCGGAGUGAUUGUGAAGUCUCUGCAAAGAAGCAGCCUUCAGAAUCAGACAUCUUACUGUCUCUUCACAAAACUGCACCGCCUACUGACACGAUGGAUGAGAAAGAGAAGAAACUGAAUCUUAAAAUCCCACCCUUAAACAAAGAUGACUCAGUUUACACCAAGCAGAGCCAGCUUUGUCCAAAGGAAGCCAGUUCAGAGCAAGUCAUAAAUCAUUUAAGAAUUGAGGAUGUUCUUGUGGUUGCAGAUAAUAUAGACAGGAAAUCUCACAAACACGAAAUUCCUCAGGAGAACCAAAAUGCCUUCAGUGAUGGAGCGAAGAAAGUUGUGAUUCCUGAGUUGGAGAUCCCUCAGAGGCUUCCAGUGUGUUUGGAGGAGAAACGUAGCACACUGGAGCUGCCGAACCUCGACGAUGAUGAAGGAGGGACUUCAGAGGAGCUGGACCUGGUGGAGCCCUGGGAGGAUAUUAGCUCCACUAAGCAGUGGGUUACAAGCCCACUCCACUCACCGGAUGUGGAGCACUUAUUUAACCACCUGUCACCCUUCAGCUCACACGGGGAAACUUUGAACUUAGAGGUGGAGAAGAGCUCAUCUCCUCAAGCUGAUAACAACAAGUUCUUCAAGAGCACCGAAUGCUCUCCAGGAAACCUUCUUCAGACUACAAACAGCAAACCAGAAACAACGUGGAUGUACGUUCCUUCAGCACCUACACGGUCGAGCUUGAACAGCAAUAGCACAACACAACCUCAAACAGAAAAGGGCAGCACAACAAAAUCGAAGAACACAGCGUCAUCUCAGAGGUUUAAUAGACAAAUGUCGUAUGAGGCAGCAGCUUCAGAGAAAAGAGAGGAGAAAUGCUUUUCUAAACACAGGCCCUGUUCGCUUAACUUGGAUCUGGGACAUAGGUAUAUCAGAGACAUUUCUAAUCAGCAAAACCGUACUUCAGCAGAGUUUUCCCCCUGUCAGAGGGGGCUAAUGGCCUCAUCUGGAGCUGUGAACAACGGGCUGCCCUCAGAGUUGGAGCUGUUUCUGAACGAUCGGCAGGCGCCUCUCCGGCGAAACUCGGCCCCGGUCAGCGUGUCUUCUGUGCGGACAGCGUUCAUGAUAAAAACGUGCCAGGCCAAAGCUGUCCCUGUCAUCCCCCCAAAGGUGCAGUACAGCCAGAUACCUCACUGCAGACCCGAGAAUGAAUUUGACAGAGUGAAGGAACAAGAAAAGGAGAAUCCGGAGAAAAGCAAUGCUGCGCCUCCUCCGAGCGUGUCAGACCUAAAGGAGGAGCUGGAGAAUAAAGAGCCAGCCCCCAUACUCCAAAAACAGCCAAGUGUUGAGAAAUCUGCCGAGUCUUUGAAGAUCUCAUCCACUCCAGAAUUGCCUGUGAUAACCAGGAGGCACACACCCAGCCUGGAAGUGUUUGUGGAUUGUCCCAGACCCAGCAGAGGGAACCUCUUACAAAGACCGUCCUUUAGGAACAGACAGAGACCUCAAAGUCUUAUCCUGCUCAGUCCUCCUUUUCCCAUCAUGGACUAUCCGACGUCGGGGGAUGACGGCAAGCUCCUUUCACCCAUCAAGAGCCUGAAUGACGCGUCAGCAGCGAAUGUCUUUUCUAAAGAGAUGGCCGAAAAUUUCAGGACAACAGAGGGGAUCGCUCUUCAGAAUAAAAUGACUAUCCCAAAAAGCGGACAGAGACUGGAGACAUCAACCAGCUGCUUCUACCAGCCACAGAGAAGGUCGAUGAUAUUUGACAGCAGGAGCCACAGGCAGAUUGAGUGACUGGAGAUCCACUCAAUGACCAUGUAUGUAAAUAGAUGCGAUACAUCAAGAUCCUAAGGAAGAUGAUAUGAUAACCUGUUGUACAUUGUAUGACUCACACAUUCCUUGAAAGGCGGUUUAAAAACAGGAAGUAAGUGGGAAAGAGGAAAAGGAAGCCACGAUGUGCCUGAGUGCCAUUUAUCCUUGAGUGACAUCUGCAACCAAUGUUUUUUUUAAGUCUCCAUUAGUCUAUUAUUUUGGUCUCUAUUGUGUUAGAGAUUGAUUUGCUGUCAUCUAUUUGUUUUUAGCUUAAUUAGGAAAUUUAUUUAAAAUUCAUUUUAGGAUAACAGACAUUCUGUCUCAUUCCCAAGGUGUGCUAUGAUAUAUUUGAGAUUUAAAUCCUACCCUGUCAAAGAGAAUCACUGUCAGACUGGAAAGUAUGAAAAGCAUCCUUUUGCUAUUAAAACUGCAUUUUUUUUUAAACUUGCAAACUGGCUGCUGGGCAGCUUUUGUCAUAGAUGAAAUAGUGAGCUGUGCUAAAUAUUUUCUGAUGAAUGAAAAAUCACUAUUGACCUUUUAAACCGUAAAAAAAGGAAAACAAAAUCUUAACUCAGGGUUGAAAAACUGGUUAUUUAUCCAGAGGCUUGAAGUACCAUUUUAACCAUACACAGCUUCAAAAUCCAAGUUAUACAUGAAAGUAAAAUGUUACCAGCAACACAGACCUCUGAAAAAAAUGUCCCUGCGAGUGAUUUUUUUUUUAAAUUUUGUAUGGAGUCAUUUGGUGUUGCAGUGUCUAAACCACAUUUUACAACCACAGUUAGAAGUGAAACCUGAGGGGUCUGGAGAUGAUUAAUGAAGUAGGAAAGAAAACGAAGGGAAUAUCUGUUGCACUGAUUAGUAGAUGUUUUUGUGCAUAAAAGGGUUAGUAGCUGUAUCUGUCUGAUAUAACAGAAAUGUAGUUCAGUAAAGUAGAAGUAUGGAGAAGUUUAAAGAUAUGAAAUGGAAAUAUUCAAGUCAGGCACACUUAGUUCAAAAUGGUCAGGUUAGGAAGGUUUGGUAUGGAGUAGGUAGGUAAUCCAUCCUCACACGCAUAUUUAAAGAAAUACAUGGACAGCAGAUAAGCACAAUGUACCAUAAUGAAGACAUAAAUAAUAAGCUAGAGGAUCCACACAGCAGCAUGUAAGAUUUUAAAAUAGCUAUACUAUGAUUUGCGUAAAUGAGUUAUCGCUGCAGGAACAAAGCUGAGUUUUUUAAAACAAUGUUGUUCUGCACUUUGGGACUCGGAGCCUUUGUCCAGAAGAAAGAAACUGAAACUCACGAUGGAAAGCGGUGCCGUAGACGCGGCUCACCCGUCAGCCCGUUAGACCAUUUGAUUCAGUGAGUUUCUGUUCUUUAUAGAUAAAUAUGACACUGAGGAAAAGGGCAAAGCAGCCUCAAUGAAAGCAUGAUACAAUAAACUCAAGGUGGCUUUAUCAAUGUGCAAAUAUGACAGAUGAUAGAAUAUGGGUUUGUUUUUUUUACACGCAGCUUUUUACAGUUUAUUAAGAUCAGCUUUAAAUCAAUAAUUAUUCCAAGAAAUGUAUAAAACUGAAGAUAUUCCCUCUUAACCCCUAGUGAAUGGAUAUUUGAUGCAUGAGUUUUGAGGAAUUGUAAAACUAAAAAAAAAUACAUUGCACAAUACAAAAAAAAGCAAAUUAAAACAAAUGAGAGCUCAUUUAUGCAAAAUUAUAUUUAAUUUUUGUUUAAUUAAGUCAAUAAACACUCCUUUUUCCCAUAAAGUUGAAUAUUUUAGUAUCAUUUCAUUUUUCAGGAUUUAAAUGGAUGUUGGAUGUAAACAUCUGUGUAUGAGUACAUUUUCUAAAAUCAUGGAUCAUAAUAAUUAUCUUCAAUUUUUUUAAAUAGUAGAAUAUAAUGAAAUCAUCAAUGUACCAGCUUGUGAUCGGUCUCAUUAUCCUGGAGUCAUCCAACAACAGCAGAGUCAUCUGGAUACUUUAAAUUGUCCUGUGUUCAUACCUGCCCUGUCACAUGUUUUUGCAUGGGAUAAACAAUAACAGUGAGAUAACAAUAUGCACAUUUCAGUUAUCCGUUAGUUGCAUCCAGUCAAUUUGCAAGUCAAGAAUCCAGCCCACAAGAUUUUUAUUGAGGCCAAAUUGUUCGAAUAGUUUGCUGAUUUAACUCUAAGGCAGAAAUGUGCUGAAGGUUGAAGAAAAAUUGACCCACAGCAGACGAGCAUACCUUUACGAUUUCUGCUCCUCUAUGCGGUCUGUAAGCAAGCUCCACGGGUUGCAUUGACUAACCACUGAUGGUUAGUCAUUUGUUAUGGAGAGAGCUGAGUCUGCAGGAGCGCUGUCUGGAUUCUGGUACACUCAUUUCUAAAAAUGUCAGAAUACAGACACUGGAAAGAAACCUGUCCCAUACUCGUGAGCGAUGUGAUGACACCGCAUGAGAUUAUGACCUUUUUACAUACGUCAACCUAGUUUGUUCUCAAUAGCCUGAAUACAGAUCUCAAGCCUGAUCCUUUACAGGAAAAUGACUUUAUUUAUUCCUUUAUAAAGUUUCACGUGACUUUACGUAAACCUGAUACUGUAUAUUACACAUGCAACGACAGGCUCAGUGCAGAGCUGGUGGCUGUUUUUUUUUUUUAAAAAAAGAAGUAUUUAAAAGGAAAUUUCUAUUUCCAAAGUCAGUAUAUCAGCACAUGAAUUAAGAGCUUUAAUUCCUGUGUCACUUUUUUCUGUAAUAUGAUUGAAUGGAUUUCACUUUGGAUUUAAUGAGAGGGUUUUAUUUGGUCAUCUGAUGAUGUGAUCAGCGCUGCUCGUCAGACAGUAAACUGGAGCUUGAGUUUGUGCGUGCUGACUGUAUUCACUGUGCUUGGAUCUUAAUGGUGCUUUGUGUAAAAGUCAAAUAACACCAUCUCCGUUUUACAUUUUCUGCUAUUUUUGAGUGAACAGCCCAAAAAAAGAAGAAUUUUUUUUUAAUCACUUUGUAUGUUAAAUUGUAUUUAAGAUGUCCUUCAUGUAAUUAAAACUUGCAGUGUUUUUAUACUGUAGUUUGGACAGCCUGGAUGUGUGAUUAGUGUCAUAGUGUUUAAUUACUUUGUAACUCAUGUAUACUUGUUGAUACUGAAAAUUAUUGAUUGAAUUGCGUGUAAUCAUGGAGUGGGGGGAGCCUUUGAGAUGAGCUUUGCCUUAAAAUUAUCUGAUUAUGGCACCUAAAGUAAUGUACAUAAGAUGAGUUUUGUUACAACAGAAAGCUAUGAAAAUAAAAUGUUCAAAAAAAAUUACAUAAA